UCGUACCUAGUCUUUCAUGGGUUUGCCGCCCAGAAAUAAAUUUUUAUCGUUGACUGCUGACAUUGCUGCGGAAUCAGUGAAUCUAUUUAUCGGAAUUUACCUUGAACUCUACCCAAUGAUGGCAUCUUUACGAAGAUUUUCAAGAUUUGCGGCAGUAGCUUCAGCAGCAGUAACGUUUUCGGGAGCAUACAUCGUCUUCAACAGCACAAGAAAUCCCGCGCGCGCUAGCGCUGACACUUCACCCGGCUUCGAGAGCUAUCCAGAGGAAUUUGCAGAUCGUCAUCUGGUCAAACCUUCUGGUUUACGAUGGGACCCGAACUGGGAUAUGUGCAACAAAGGUGAAAAGAAGUCUAAGAAGAAGGACAAUGGUAAGAUUGAAGAAGAAUCGAAAGAGAUAAAGCCCACAGCUGUACGCCAUCUUGUGUUUAUAAGACACGGGCAAUAUUAUUUAGACGCUGCAAAUGACGAUGAUAAACGAUUGACCGAGCUAGGAAGAUUACAAGCAAACACAACUGGCCAGAGACUGAAAGACCUACUUGUAAACCUCAAGUACACCAAACUAGUUUGCUCUACUCUAAUAAGAGCCAUUGAAACAGCAGAUAUCAUUACAUCAUAUCUUCCAGAUGUACCGAGGGAGACAUGUUGCAUGUUAAGGGAAGGAGCACCUAUCAAGCCUGAUCCUUCUUCACCAAAUUGGAAACCAGAGAAAAAGCAGUUUUUUCAAGAUGGCCCUCGCAUUGAAGCUGCUUUUAGAAAAUAUGUCCACAGAGCAGAUGUUGAUCAAGUGGGAGACAGUGUGGAAAUCUAUGUAUGCCAUGCAAACGUAAUUAGAUACUUCGUAUGUAGGGUGCUUCAGUUUCCUCCAGAAGGAUGGCUUCGUAUGGGCAUGGGUCAUUGUGGAAUAACAUGGUUAACCAUCAGGCCUAAUGGGAGGGUGAGCCUUAGAAGUAUGGGUGACACUGGCCAUUUACCACCUGAACAGUUGUCAUCAUAAUAACAGUUGGUUGUUCAGCAAGCCAAGUUCAGCUGAUGUGCUGCAAAUUCUAUGACAAAAUUUCGGGAAGACUGUGUGUUAGUAGUAAAAUAUAAUUUUAAAAUGUUAAAAGAAUUGUGGAUGCUCUGAUAGCUCAGUGUGAGUUCAUCAAGCUCCAUUACCUCAUAAAUAAUAAUAUAACAUGGCCUAUUGUGUGUUGCAUGCUCAUACUUUAUCAAUUUAUAAUGCAUAUCACUUGUAUCAUAAGUUUGAGCUCAUGCAAUUUCUUGAACACUGCAUAAAGGAUAUAGUAAACUUGCUCCUCGUGCAUUGAAUUUUUAAAAUACAUUCGGAUGCAUUUAAUAAUUAAAUAUACCUAUACAGUUAAUACAGAUAAUAAUAACGAACAGAUACCAGACUGAUCAGUAAUACAGGUGUUCAUAAACAUGUACAGGAACAUAUUUGUGUGUAAACUAAGUACAUGCAGUUGAGCUGCAUUAUUCUGACCCCAAUCGGAAACUGUGAAUGGAUAAGGGGUUCAAUAAAUCAGUAACUGACUUGGCCCUUGUUUGGGCUAAAAGAAGUGGUACGGUGGCUAAGGGCGAGCUAAUUCUAAACCAGUUCACCAUAAUGCAGAUUUCCUAGUGGUGAAAUUGUUGUUUUUUUUAUUUACACAACUUGAAAAUGAUGAAAUGUAUUUAUUUGUUAAGCACUAUUUUCCGUAAAAACAUGUAUAUUUUGUAUCAUUUUAUGUUCUCACAUUUUUCAUUACUGUUGUAAAUCACAUUAUUUUAUACAUCGGUACUGUCAAGAAUGCAAAAUAAAGUUUUCCUCUUCAAGUAAUUAUCCAGCUCUGCAUGCAGUUUUUUAAAUACUAUACACCUUUUAGUCAAUGUGGUUAAUUUACUUAAAGCAUGCAAUAUUACCCAAUUGUUGUCCGCUCUGCCACUAACCCGAACUUGAAGUUACUUUUUGUUGCCUUAUCACUUUAUGCUAGACUCCAGCUGUAUAACAAAACACUCAAUUACUGGUCCUUUGAUAAAAUAUUUGAUUAUUAAAAGUUAAAACUGGGUUGGCCGUGGCAUACAAUAUUAGUGUUGUUUGAGGUUAAGUGACGACAACAUAUUUUUGUUCGAGUUAAAACACCAUUUGGAAUUUUAGAGGCAGAUAUGUGGGUUUCGGUGACAUCGGAGUGAAAGCAGUCUCAUCAAUUUGUAAUUUGAUAUUUUCUGUUUGAUAAGAAUCCUUCUCUAAGGAGUCUUGCGUUGCGAUCCAUGUGACGGCUUUUAUAUGUCAUAAUUAUAAAAUCUUCAAGAGACAAUGGCGAAAAAUUAUUAAAAGUUAUGAAAAAUGUUAGUA